AUGAUAAAAUUUUUCCUCAUGGUAAAUAAACAAGGGCAGACCCGACUUUCAAAGUACUAUGAACAUGUGGAAAUUAAUAAGCGUACACUUCUGGAAACUGAAGUCAUAAAGAGCUGUCUCUCUCGAUCUAAUGAACAAUGCUCUUUCAUUGAAUAUAAAGAUUUCAAGCUGAUAUAUCGACAGUAUGCAGCCCUCUUCAUUGUGGUUGGAGUUAAUGACACAGAGAAUGAAAUGGCUAUUUAUGAAUUCAUCCAUAACUUUGUAGAAGUUUUAGACGAGUACUUCAGCCGAGUGAGUGAAUUAGAUAUAAUGUUUAACUUGGAUAAAGUACACAUCAUUUUGGAUGAGAUGGUGUUAAAUGGCUGCAUUGUAGAAACUAACCGAGCAAGAAUUCUUGCCCCUCUACAAAUUCUUGAUAAGAUGUCAGAAAGCUAA